AUGCCAGACAGACCUGGAAAGGACGAUAGAAGCGGUUUGCCGGAGGGCACUUGGAAGGGUGGCCAAUAUCUAGGCGCAGGAGGCGAUGGUACCCUCCACUACUGGAUCAAAGUCAACGAGGACCAGAAAAUCGUCGACCGCAUGGUGAUCAAAGACCUCUGGAGCCGAGAAGAGACCAAAGAACCGCCAGCCUACCAAGGCAUAUACGAAGAUCUUGUGCGCAAAGGACUCGACUUUGGCGUAGCCGCCUCGGGAAAGGCAGGGGAAGCUCUAUCGGAUGAGCGAUUCUUCAAGGAAGCGUACUUGCAGGGUUUGUUCACGGACCCUUCUGGCUCGUCUCCUGUAUAUACUGUCCCGCUGCGAGGCUACAAGAAGGGACAUUUGUCAGAUGACGAGAAAGGUACUCAUUGGCGCAUGUAUAUGGAUCUGCUUCACGCCGGCGACCUUUGGGACCUGAUCGAAAACCACGUUGUAGAGCAUGGACAAGGAUAUACCGUCGGUGCGCCACUUCCGGAAGCUUUCGUCUGGUGGGUAUUUUCCUGUAUCGCCAACGCUCUAGUGCAAAUGGACAAUGCCAUAAAGACAAGAAACAGCGCACGUCCUGAAGGGGACGAAGUGAUCGUCAUGAUUGACAUGAAGCCACAAAACAUACUGCUGGACGCUAUGAGAGGGGACGAGUAUCCAGUCUACCCAAAAUCUCUCAUGUCCGACUUUGGAUCGGCGCAUAUCACUUACAAGACCGAUCCGAAGAACGUUUGUCCUGACGAAGGCCCUACAUAUGCGGAUGAAGUAUCUCCAAACCAAGGCUCUGCAGACCAAGACCCUGCAGAAAACCCCUUCAACCAACGCGCCACGAUGGGAUACUGGGCUCCCGAGAUGAGCAGAUGGUAUGAGAUGCAAGACAACCCGCAACAAGGCAUCGAGGAGCCGCUGUAUUCCUGGACCAACAUCUGGCAAGCCGGUCGAGUAAUUGAAUCUCUGAUGCGCAGACAGAAAAUCGUGCAAGACGACGAUUGGAGGGACAAGUACAAUCAAACGGACUCUUUAAUCAAAGAUCAUCUACCUCGAGAUGGAUGGUUCCCGAACUUUAGGUACAGUGACGAACUCAUCGAGAUAGUCUGGCGCUGCCAGCGAUUCGAUCCCAAGCUGCGGCCCACUCCUACCGAGUUAUUGGCCUACAUCCAACAACACGCACCUGCCCACACCCACGGUAUGGACAGAUGGGCCAAUGCCGAAUGGAUUGCUGAACAGGAAGUCGUACACGAAGCUAUGCUCGAGACCAACCCAGAGAAAGCAGAAGGAUUCUCUGCGCGAAUGCAAGCACGUGCACAGGCAGGGCAGUUGAUGUUCCUCAACGAUUUUUCUGACCAGAAUCUGGCGGAGAGAUAUGCUGAUCUUGAUAUGGAUCUGCCUGAAGGGUGUGGGCUUGCUUAUUACGGGAAGCCCGAUCCAGCUAGAAAAGGCAGGAUUGUAAGAUAG